UACACGUAUUCGGGAGGUUGGAUGUUGGGGCACCUUCAUUGAUGGGUGUGUGUGUGUGUGUGUGUGUUUUGUAGGCGGGUGUGCAGACAUGAUUUCAUUUGAGUGCUUCGGCUGGCUGGAGAAUGAGAAGAUGAAGAGGAGGAAGAAUAGGAAGAUGAGGAAGAAGAGCGGGAGGCGACAUCACGUCAGUGGACAAGUGGGCAAGGACGAGUAGCAUCAGGCUAGUGGGAAUCAAACUGACGACCUGAAGCUACUUUACCUUCUUUUUCUUCACAACUCAACAUGUGCAUCUCCAUGGCGUCGUGUGCGUGCCUGUUGCUGAGCACGUGUGUGUUUGUGUGCGCGGCGUCUAACGUGGACACGUCCUUCCCGCUGCUGAAGACGGGCGCAGACAGAAGCCUGUUUGGACUUUCUGUGGCCUUCCAUCCUGACCUGAAGUCUGACCAGUACCUACUAUUGGUCGGAGCUCCCAGAGAGAGGGCGGAGCCUAAUGUAGCUGCCAAUUACACGGGGGGCGUGUACAGCUGCCCAAUCACUGCCAACCAAUCAGACUGCAGGAGGAUGCUGCUCAUCAAACCAGACUUGAAUGUGUCUGAGGACCUGAUUGAGGACAUGUGGCUAGGCGUGUCGCUGGCCAGUCAGGGGCGCCCCGGGGGGAGGGUCCUGGCGUGCGGCCAUCGCUUCGCGAAGGUUUACGGGGCGUCCAAGCUCAGACACAUGAUCGGCCGCUGUUAUCUCCGUGGCAACGACCUGCAGUACGAUGACGCCGACCUCCACUGGCAGAACCCCGACCAGGUCUGCAGUCACCUGGGGGACAUCAGCGGAGAGGUCAUGUGCAACAUGGGAAUUUCUGCCGCCAUCACUCAAAACGAGGUCAUCGUGGGCUCGCCCGGAAGUUACCAGUGGCAAGGAAACGUUCACGUGUCAUGGAUGAAUCCACAUGUUGCCUUCGAUACCAGGAGGAGCUCCUUGGACAACCUGCAGCGAAGAAACAUCUACAUAGGGUAUUCAGUCAGUCAGGCUCGGGCGCUUCUCUCUCAAGACGACGACACCAUCGUAACAGGAGCUCCUAAGGACACCAAGGAAGACGCCCGUGGCUCCGUGCUGCUGGCGGUCAAACAUGGCGGCUCGCUGACCGUCGGCCAGACGCUGCGAGGAGAGCAAACAGGUUCCUAUUUUGGCAACGCAGUGGUGACCUCGGACCUCGACGACGACGGGUGGAGCGACUUGCUGGUGGGCGCGCCCUUUUUCUUCCAUCGGCAGCAGGAAGUAGGCGGGGCGGUUUAUGUCUACAUGAACGCGGGAGGUCGUGUUCCCUCCAGACCCACCUUAGUUCUGAAGGGCCCCGCCGGUUCGGCCUUCGGAAUGUCGCUCGCUGCCGCCGGAGACCUGAACCAAGAUGGCUUCCAGGACUUUGCAGUCGGAGCGCCAUUCCACGGAACAGGAAGUGUGAUGAUCUUCAGCGGGAGCAGAGACGGCGUGCCAACGAAACCCAGCCAGGUGAUCAAAGGAAGCAGCGUGUCUUCUCGCUUCACCACCUUUGGAUUCUCUUUGUCUGCGGGACUCGAUGUGGACGGGAACAAAUAUCCUGACCUGCUGGUCGGCUCUUUGGAUGACACUGUCGCCCUGCUCAGGUCUCGUGCUGUCAUCCACCUCAAUAAAGCCAUCAGAGUGUCUCCAAACCUUGUGGAUAUAAGCAGCUGUGACUUCUGUAUUCAAGUGGAAGUGUGUUUCUCAGUCACGCCCAGCACCACCGAGACAAACCCUCAAAACAUCAACGUCCACUUCACGGUGGCUGCUGAUGUCACCGGCCUCAAGCCCCGCCUCAUUUUCAAGGACAGCGGGGACGGCGGGUAUUCGGGCUCCGUGCUGGUGCAGAGACGUCGCUGCAAGACGUUGAGAGUGGGACUCGUGACUCCAAUCCGAGACAAAGUGGAACCUCUGGUCUUCUCUCUGAACGCGUCCCUGACCCACAAGCUGCCCAAGAAACAAAACGUUGUCCAGGACUUGAGACCCUUCCCCGUGUUGAGUCACAUCCAUCGACCAAUCAGGACGCAGGUCCACAUCCAGAAGGCUUGUGGUUCUGACAACCGUUGCCACAGUAACCUGCAAAUGACGGCCCAGUUCACAGACGAGAACCACAACCCCUUGUCCACGUGGGCGGGUCGGCAGGUCUGGUUCUACCACGGCACGGUCCAGAGAAUUCUCCUGCAGGUCAACGUCAGCAACGUACCGUCACCACGCCGACCCGCAGAGGAUGCCCACAACGCGGUUUUGAACAUCAGCGUCCCCCCGUCACUGACCUACUCCGGAGUUCGAACUAAGGGCGGGGUCCAGGAGGUCCGGUGCUGUGCAGAAGGUUCCAUGGCCGCGUGCGAGCUGGGGAACCCGUUCAAGAGCAACCGAACGGUCCAAGUGUGGAUCAUCUUCCAGCCCUCCCAGAUCCCCUCGGGGACCUCGGACAUCCAGACGGUGCUGCAGAUGUCCACGCUCAGCCAACAAGCAGACUUGUCUCCAGUCCUGGUCUCCCUGGCGGUCAACUACUCGCUGGACAUGUCCCUGACUUUGAGCCAUCAGCCAGGCCCCGCCCCCUUCAGUGGUCAGGUGGUGGGCGAGUCAGCGAUGAGGACCACAGAGGACGUGGGGACUCUGCUCGUCUUCGCCUUGCAGGUACAUGUGGGCAGGAGGCCACUCGGUCACCUGGGUAACCUGGAGCUGGCGUUCGAUUGGCCGAGCGAACUGUCCAACGGGAAGCGGCUACUCUACCUGACGGAGAUCACAGUGAACGGUGCCUCGGAACCUCGAUGUGUUCCGCCCACCGACGUUAUCAACCCCCUGCGCUUGACGUUAUCAGAGGGCGAGAGGGGGCAGAGGGGGCAGAGGGAGAGGCGGAGUCCAGAGGAAGUGUGGACAGCAGAGAGUCCUCCUGUCAGACACCUGCAGGCCAAGAAGUCCUACGAGCUGGACUGCGUGCACGGGGCCAAGUGCGUCCAUUUUGUGUGUCCGCUGCUCCACGUCAACAACAGCGCCUCCAUCACGCUGCGAGCCCGACUGUGGAACUCCACCAUGCUGGAGCACUACACAGACGCCAGGAAGAUAGUACUUCGAGGCCGUGCCACACUCAGACUGCAUACAGAAAGCACUGACGUCAGCAUGGAGGGACCCAGUACACAGAUGGAGGUCCAUGUUUACCCAGAUCUGCAGGAGCAGGUGGACACCAGCGCCCCCCUAUGGAUCAUUGUGGUGUCGGUUCUGGCUGGACUACUGCUGCUGGCUAUGAUCUGCCUGCUGCUUAGGCAGUGUGGCUUCUUUACCCGGCGGAGAGCGUGGUGUGCGGCGACGCAGCAUCAGGGUAAGCUCGUGCUCAAAGACAAGGAGACACACGUCGCGCAGGGUGCCAUCUUCGCAGACAACACGCCCAAGCGCUGGGUGACCUGGACCGCCACGCACUGAAACGCUGCUCGUCUCCACGGGAAAGCCUCGCCAGAACAUGUUGUGUUUGCAUCAUGUAGUUACACCAAGAAACAGCAGGGGGCGCUGCUGCACGAAAGAUGUGUUAUUGUUGUGCGGUGUAAACUAGCCUACAUUCAUAUGUGGAAUAUUAUUAAAAAAUCUUUCCAGUUUGAAUUGCCGGUAGUAGACAGGAAUAUGAAAGAGUUUUAUUUGAAAUGGUCAGCGUUAAAAGUUUCAUAUCACAUCGAAGCGAACAGGACAAAAGUGUGAAAGUGAGAAGAAUGGAGAGCAAGCAUGAACCUGACAUCCAGGUGUCUACCACACAGUCAGGUCCAAGUCUUCAUCACCACACUCGUCUUCUUCAGCAGGAAACAGUGUCGCCUGAUGGACGACAUCGUCAUCUUCAUCACAAUGCUGAUAAUAAAAGGGGAACUACAUUUUGGGGGGAAUUUCGCCUAUCAUACCCAAUCCUUAUGUAAGACAAGAACAUGUUUUUCUUUUUUUAUGCAUUCUAAAUAGUAAAUAAACGUUAACAAUA